CGCACAGCACCUUUAUGUGCUCCAGGCUAGAUGCUAAAGUAGCUUCAGCGUUGGCCUCACAGACGGGGUCCACAAAAGACACGCGUUAUCGCUGUGGUUUACGGGUCAAAACCGGCGGUCUAUACAUCGAAAGGGGAAGUGCCAUUGGCCUGCGACAAACUUUGCUAUGGGCAAAAAGUCUCGCGACGAGGAGUCUUCAUCCUCUGAUGAGGAAGAAUAUGUUGUGGAGAAGGUGCUGGACAGGAGGGUGGUGAAAGGCAGGGUUGAGUUCUUCCUGAAGUGGAAAGGAUAUUCAGAAAAGCACAACACGUGGGAGCCAGAGAAGAAUCUGGACUGCCCUGAGCUUAUUUCAGAAUUCAUGAAGACCUACAAGAAAAGCAGUGGGAGCUCGACACCUAGCAGCGGGGGCAGCAAAUCAAGUACAGGCUCCUUGGGACGCUCCAAAGACUCCAGUACCUCAAAGAAAAGAAGUUCGGACGAUGAUGAGGAGGGUGGCAGUAAGCCAAAAAAGAAAAAGGAGGAUGACAUUCUUGUUGCGCGUGGCUUUGAGAGAGGACUUGAGCCAGAAAAGAUAAUAGGAGCAACCGACUCAUGUGGAGACCUAAUGUUUCUUAUGAAGUGGAAAGACUCUGAGGAGGCUGAUCUCGUGCUUGCCAAGGAGGCCAAUCAUAAGUGCCCACAGAUAGUCAUAGCCUUCUAUGAGGAACGUCUCACCUGGCAUGAAGACAGUGACAAGAAGGAGAAGGAUGCUGUCAGUGCGUGAGCGCACCACCUCAGGAGGAAACAGGACCUCCUCCACUGCAGGGACUAUCUUGAGUCAGAUAUUUUUCACACCCAAACCUCCCAUCCUCCCUCUUUACCAUGUCCAACAAUGACGUAUAGACAGUGGACACAGUCGUUAUCUCAUCCAUGCCCCAUUGGAGCACAAGGGCCCAGCGUGCUGAGAAGGAUCAUUAGAUAGGAGGAGAAGCUGUAGCGGACAUGGGUGGUAUGCUACUGGGGUUAGGGUUUCUGUUGUCUUUGUAUUCUUAACUUCUUUUUCAUGUCUUAACACAUAAUGUUUUAGUGCUUACAGGAUGCGAUCGUGUCAGUCAUGUGUUUUGCAUCCAUGGCCAUCUGUUAAAAAUUGGAGCAUAAUCUUGAGAGCCAGAGGUGGUACAAGCUGCGAUUAACCAAGAGCUUGUCUCACGCAGGUGCACAGCCUCCAUCCUAAACUCUUCAAGCUGUGCACCUUUUUGCUUUAAGAACCCGCUAACAUCACUGAAGAUAAAACUAGUGUUGAUAUUCAGGAAGCAACCACAGCAGCACUUUCCUGACUACAUAAUCACAUCAUUUUUAAAAAACUUUUUAUCUCUUUUAGAUUCUUCAGUUUGUCCUGUCUCCUGGGAUAUAACUACUCAAUUUGCAAACUUGCAAAUGACACUGGCCAAUUAUGUCUUUAUAAUGGAAGUGAUGAGCCUUGUUCGUUUUUUUUUAAAUGUCAUUUUUGUCUCAUUUCCAAGUUUUAACGUGAACUUCGUGUGGUGUUUAAUUUCUUUACGCUAUUACCCGUUCAAGAAAUUGACAAUAAAACACAUUUUGCUCUGUUUUGUA